AUGCCCAAGAAAGGAACUCCCAUGAAGCCAGAGGCUACUCCGACUCGUAUUAUGACGAGGCCUUCUCGGCUGAGAACACCCAGAGCAUCCGCAAACCCAGCCACAAGCAGCAACCCAUUACCCACAGUUGAGGAAGCGUCUGAUACAAUCACAUCUUCGCCGACCCCUGCCACCGCCAAACCGAAGCCCCAAACACCGGCCAAGCCAAAAACGCCAGCCAAGUCUAAAACACCAGCGACGUCGAAAGCGACCACAAAGAAGGGCGCCCAAAAAUCAAAGUCUUCGACAGCAGCUCCGCCACAAGUCGUGGAAGUCUCCGACGAUGAUAAGGCUGAAGAGGUCGAAGGUGGAUCGCCCGGAAAGGGCAUCGUUGUCUCCAACACCGACAGCUCACCUCUCUCAAGUCCUAUUUCUGUGACACCCCCUCCUGAUGCUAGCGUCAAGACGCCAAAGCCUGUCAAGGGGAAACCAGCAGCCUUCGAAGACAAGCCUUACAAGGACGCUGACGUCUCGGGCGACGAACCAGCACCAAGCCCGACAGCAAAAGCUGUAGCGGGACGGAAACGAAAGACCGUCCAAUUCGCCGACCGCACUUAUACCCCUGGGGAGGAAUCUAGUGAUGACGGAAAGAUUCCUCGGCCAAAGGGCUCCUCACGCAAGCGGAAAUUCCCACGUGACGAGGACAAGGGAUCUGAAGGUUAUGACGAGGAACAAGAAGGAGAAGACCUUGACGUGGAUGAAGACUAUGACUACGACUACCUCUAUUUCCUCCACGAUCUGAAUCGUUCUACUGAAGACGCUGCCCUUGAGGAAGAGCUUGUCCAAGAAGCAGCUCCUGAGAUGAGCAUUUCCAGAGACUCUGAACUUCAAGCGUCCUCGUCGCUGGCGAUUGGACCGGCCUCACCUACCGUUCCAGGGCCGGAUACAGUUCCCAGUGAUGAAUUUCCAUUCGAACCUCUCUUGCAGAGUGCCUCGAGCUCUGGCUAUCAGGGAAGCAACCGCCAUACGCCAAAGCGUCAACGAACUCACUCGUCACCCACUGCUAGUGCAUCCAACAAAGACACCGCCCAUUUUGGAACGGGCGCAGACAACCUGGACGAUCUCAACGACCCCAUCGCAGCCGCCAGAGCGCUCUUCUUGACAGUGCAGAAAGCACCGAGGCCACUCGAUCUCGGCGAGAUCAGCGCUCUUUUCAUGGUCCUGCAGGAGAAGAUAUCCGCGUUCUGCAAAACCCACUUCAAUUUCGACCUCACGUCUGAACAGGAAGAAGAGUGGCCCAUGCACCUUCUCGAUACGAAGUACAAGGCAUUGUUCGAAGUGACGCAGUGGAUUGCGGAUGGUAGCAGUUGCGGAUGGCGCAGCUUCUUCACGAAGAAGGAGAAUCGCCGACACCUCGUCCACGGGAUCGUCAGCGAAUACUUCCAGCAGCAUAUCUUCAAGCAUACUGCUUUUGGCAUCAGAGAGGAUAUGAUAGACGACCUCGAGGACAUUGAUCGGGAGUACCUCCGCUACGAUGCAUUUGUGCGCAACAAGAAGAAGGCAGCAUACAUGGAGAAUUCGCGCUUCGACGACGAAUAUUUCCCGACUCCAGGCGACCAUCCUCCACACCCAGAAUAUCCGCCAAACCACCAGUACCACCAUGACAUAGAUCUCGCGGCCCGAAGGUUGGCGACCACGAUGAUGCAAGUACUGGAGCCCCUUCUUCCACCUCCGUGCUUUGAUCCCCUUGUCCGCCAGUGGAGACGGUCAGCCAGCCAGCGGAACCAAGGUGCUCUCCUACGGAAUGAUAUUUGGUUCGAUCUCGUCGACCUGGUUCGUAAGGCCGUCAGCCUACACCACUGUAUCCGUUUCGCAGGAUCAACUGGCCUUGUCGUCCGCAUCGCCCCUCACGUGGCCAAGGGAACCAUGUUCACUGUCGACGAUGCCGAUAGGAACAUCUGCGUCAACGCGGAGGAGCUGAACAGCAGUGCCUCCCGACCGCAGGGACCGGACGCCAGACUGCGAGUCAAGAUGACGUGUUUCGGACGAGUCGAAGCCGUCAUGCCACGAGGUCUCGACUUGGAACAGAUGGAGAAGGAGCAAAACGCCGCCCAAGCAGCAGGGUACAUCCUCACCAGAGAAGAGGCCGAGAGGAAGCUGUUUCCCAAGCUGCCAUAUGAGUUGCAGGAAACCGACGCGGGACGAAAUGCCGUUGCGCAUCUCGACCCCGUCCCUGGGACAGAGUGGAAUACCGCGCUUUACCGAGCGAAUCUGGAGAACCAUGUCGACCAGCGCUUCUCACGUGAAACAACGCCGACACUGAGCACCGAAGUCAUCAGCCAUCCCUUCGUGACCAUAUACCCUCGAGUGGCUCCGUCCAACCUAUACUGCGAGUGGGUCGCGGACGAGUCCUCGCAGGAUCAGGGAGGCCAAACCCUCUGGGAGGCGGUGCAAGAAGCGCGCAAAGAGAAGUUGAUGUUCCGUCUCCGUGAGAACGCAUGGAAGACCAUCAGCGACCCCCUUCUCCUGCAAUGGGCCAUGUACUGCGGCAUCGCCUGCAGUGUCGGCAUCUACGGGACCCGCCAACUCUCCAGAAUGCUCGAGACUCCUCGCUCACAAGAAGUGUUGACCGAUGUGCAGACCGGCGCCAACAACGCCCUGUCUGCCCUCUCCGCCAUGGGAGUCGGUGCAACCUCGUAUUUGUCAGGCCUUCUGACCUCAUCCACGAGAACCUCUACCACGCUCCGGGCCACGCGAAUUUACCCUUGGGAAUGGACACGCUUCCCACCAUUGACUACGAUACGGGAUACCAUCACGUCGACCGUCAGUGGAACUCCCAUAACAAGGACAACUACUGUCGAGAUGUCUAUCUUGGACACCGUCUUCGAGACGUACGAUCCGCUCACGUCGGUAGUGACGGAGGAUACUUCGGGAAUGACCACGCCAAUAGACAUCGACGAGUCCACAGCAACGACAACACCAAUGGACAUUGACAUGGACGCGGAUACCGACGAGGCCACGCCAGACGUCGCCGAAUACUCAACAACCCAGACUCCGCACUCGACCGCAAGCGACGUCCUCCUCGAAAGCCUCCGCGCCUCAGGGAUCCUGACCGCAAGCGGCACCGCCCAUUCGGCAACCCGAAAGGAAUACGUCUUCCGCAGCACCGUGGACAAGGACAGCGAAGAGUUUGCGCGCAUUCAAAUGAUCGUCCGUGAGAGGAUGAGAGCGGAGGGGAAGCUCGUCGAGAAUGAUCAACCUGCUCCUGCUCCUGCUGCUCCUGCCGGGUCAGAGCCGCAGCCGAAGCCGGAGUCCACUUCGACUGCUUCAGGAGAGCGCGUGAGGUCGAAGGUGCUCUAA